AAAUGGCUGGGCAAAGAGCUUUUUGGUAUUCUGUUUGGAUGCCCAAUUUGGAUAACUGGGGACCAAUAGCAGCAUUGUCUCUUUGUUAACAGAGGAAUUGGCUGUGUGUGAAUUAUGCAUGGAAUUUUAGCGGUGGUAUAUUAAUGUAAAACGUGUGUUCUUGUCUAGAAAAUGUUACUUUUGGUUGUUUGCUGUAUUUGAAAGUUGUGUGAACCAAAGAUUCUGAAAAGUUGCCUUUGUGCCAGUAAAUUGUAAAACAAAUACUAAAACUUGAACGUUUAAAAUUGGCCUAGUUUAAAGAGAAAAUUAACUAUUUUCUGUCGUGCAAUAGAAUGGCUUAGAAUAAUCAAAAGGAUGAGCUUAAUUUAUGGAAGGGAUGGAUUUAGGAGGAGUAUGAUAAGGAAUUGAUUGAGUACAGAGAGAAGCAGAUCUAAAGUUUGUGUGAUUUCUCGGAGAACCUGAAUUUAGGUCUGCUCAUUAUAACUUCAGCAGCUAUAGUGCAAUGCUGGUAAUGUGAAGGAAGAGGAGAUACCAAGGAGCUGAGCUCUUAAUAAGGAAGGCUAGGCAAGACACUUCUGUCAGCUUCCCCUUAGAAGGGUUAAUUUAAAAACUGUUACAUAAAUCAUAUUUUUAAUUUAUAACUGUCAUUGAAAUUUACUAUUUUUUUUCUUUUCUUUUUUUUCCCUUUGCUCUUCUGACUGUCUGUGGCUUCUUCCAAAGGGAUGUGCGUAAGUAUUGUCUAGUUACUUAUUGGCACUUGAGCCUUCUAAGUUGUAGGACUGGUUUCACUUAUUUCCUUUUGACUCUUCAUAGCGUUGUUGAAUUCAAGAUGGAAGAGAGCAUGAAAAAAGCUGCUGAAGUUCUAAACAAGCAUAGUCUGAGUGGAAGACCACUGAAAGUCAAAGAAGAUCCUGAUGGUGAACAUGCCAGGAGAGCAAUGCAAAAGGUGAUGGCUACGACUGGUGGGAUGGGUAUGGGACCAGGUGGCCCAGGAAUGAUUAAUAUCCCACCCAGUAUCCUAAAUAAUCCUAACAUCCCAAAUGAGAUUAUCCAUGCAUUACAGGCUGGAAGACUUGGAAGCACAGUAUUUGUAGCAAAUCUGGAUUAUAAAGUUGGCUGGAAGAAACUGAAGGAAGUUUUUAGUAUGGCUGGUGUGGUGGUCCGAGCAGACAUUCUUGAGGAUAAAGAUGGAAAAAGUCGUGGAAUAGGCACUGUUACUUUUGAACAGUCCAUUGAAGCUGUGCAAGCUAUAUCUAUGUUUAAUGGCCAACUGCUAUUUGACAGACCAAUGCACGUGAAAAUGGAUGAGAGGGCCUUACCAAAGGGAGAUUUUUUCCCUCCUGAGCGUCCACAACAACUUCCCCAUGGACUUGGUGGUAUUGGCAUGGGGUUAGGACCAGGAGGGCAGCCUAUUGACGCCAAUCAUUUGAAUAAAGGCAUUGGAAUGGGCAACAUAGGACCCGCAGGCAUGGAGGGACCCUUUGGUGGUGGUAUGGAAAACAUGGGUCGAUUUGGAUCUGGGAUGAACAUGGGCAGAAUAAACGAGAUGGAGCGUGGCAUGGGUGGAGGAUUUGAGAGAGACUUUGCCAGAAAUGAAAUGGGAAUGUCUCGAAGCUUUGGAGAGCCCCUUGGCAGAGGAAUGGAAAUCCUAAGUAAUGCACUGAAGAGAGGAGAGAUCAUUGCAAAGCAGGGAGGAGGUGGAGGUGGAGGCAGUGUCCCUGGAAUUGAGAGGAUGGGCCCCGGCAUUGACCGCAUUGGGGGUGCCGGCAUGGAGCGCAUGGGUGCAGGCCUGGGCCACGGCAUGGAUCGUGUGGGCUCUGAGAUUGAGCGCAUGGGCCUGGUCAUGGACCGCAUGGGCUCAGUCGAGCGCAUGGGCUCCGGCAUCGAGCGCAUGGGCCCACUGGGCCUCGACCACAUGGCCUCCAGCAUCGAGCGCAUGGGCCAGACCAUGGAGCGCAUCGGCUCUGGUGUGGAGCGCAUGGGUGCCGGCAUGGGCUUUGGCCUGGAGCGUAUGGCCGCACCCAUUGACCGUGUGGGCCAGACCAUCGAGCGCAUGGGCUCUGGCGUGGAGCGAAUGGGCCCUGCCAUCGAGCGCAUGGGCCUGAGCAUGGAGCGCAUGGUGCCCGCAGGCAUGGGGGCAGGCCUGGAGCGCAUGGGCCCUGUGAUGGAUCGCAUGGCCACCGGCCUGGAGCGCAUGGGCGCCAACAACCUGGAGCGCAUGGGCCUGGAGCGUAUGGGCGCCAACAGUCUCGAGCGCAUGGGCCUGGAGCGCAUGGGCGCCAACAGCCUGGAGCGCAUGGGUCCCGCCAUGGGCCCGGCCCUGGGCGCUGGCAUUGAGCGCAUGGGCCUGGCCAUGGGUGGUGGUGGCGGUGCCAGCUUUGACCGUGCCAUCGAGAUGGAGCGUGGCAACUUCGGAGGAAGCUUCGCAGGUUCCUUUGGUGGAGCCGGAGGCCAUGCUCCUGGGGUGGCCAGGAAGGCCUGCCAGAUAUUUGUGAGAAAUCUCCCAUUUGAUUUUACAUGGAAGAUGCUAAAAGACAAGUUCAACGAAUGUGGCCACGUGCUGUAUGCCGACAUCAAGAUGGAGAAUGGGAAGUCCAAGGGGUGCGGUGUGGUUAAGUUUGAGUCGCCAGAGGUGGCUGAGAGAGCCUGCCGGAUGAUGAAUGGGAUGAAGCUGAGUGGCCGAGAGAUUGAUGUUCGAAUCGAUAGAAAUGCUUAAGCAGUUGCCUUUUUUAAACAUCGAUACCAGACCUCUGAAUUUGUAUUUUUUCUUGUUAACCAUUUUAAUUUGUUGGCUGGAUGUAUAAAGAUGUUUAAAAAAUUCAGUUGCUUUUUGGGGUAAUUUGAAUUACUUUUUUAAUGACUGGGAUUCCAUUUGACUGUUUGCAUUGAGAUUGCAAUGUGCGCAAUUUUUUUUGUAGUUGUGGCAUCUUGUUGACAUCGAAUAUGACUUUGAUAAUAAAUACCAGUUCCUGAAAGCUG